CUAGGCAGUGGUUUUUGUGUGUGUUUUUGUUCUCCCCGUUACUAGUAUUUCUGUCAUUGUUAUUCGGUCGUGUCGCCAACACCGUAUGGAGUAUUAUGUUUUAUCUGCUACCCGAAACUAUUCACGUCAAAGUGUUUUGAGGCAAUGUUUUGGAUGUCUCUCAUUUUUUUUCCACCUACAUGUACAUGAAGAUACUGAUCUGUUUGGAGUCGUGCGGUCUAAAUGAGGUCUCGCCUCAAGCGUACAGGUGUUAAUUUAUGCUGUCGUCCAUUUUGGGUUUUGAGAGAAAAAAAAUCCAAGCAACUAACUUACCAAGUGCUGGACAUACAGGAAAGCUUCCAAAAGACACAGAAGCAGCGCCACCAUGCCUUCCAUGUGGAGUUGUCUGUGCAUGAAAAGGAAAAGGAUAUGUCUCACAAGACGCAGCAAGACGCGGAAGAGGAGGUCGUUCAUGGACAGCGAUUCGGCCAGUGACGUCAGCAGCAACGCAUACAGACAACUGACGCCAUCCGGUGAGUUUGACGUCAAAUUCACCGGGGCCAACGCCACCGCGUUUUCGUUUGACAGCGACGGCCAUUGCGACGGAAACACGAUGACGAAACUGCUGAAGAACUCUGGCCCCAAGAGGCGGAGAAGGGUCCAGGACAUCUUCAGCCAAACUCCGGCGGAACAUGGUUUUCGUGAUUCGUAUGAAUCUUCUGAAGGAUCGUCGAGAUUUUCUUCUGAAUAUUGUCCUCGAAAGAGAGACAUUCUCACGGCUCUCCAUGGACACGGGAACACAUUUCUCAGUCCAGGUCAGGAAUCAGAGAGUAUGUAUGGAUACAUCCCAAAGACGAUGCAAAACGUCUACGCGUCGACAGCGUUGGAAGGUUGCCACGUCGAAGAUUAUUUCUCCAACUGUCGCCCAAAUGCUGCUCUGGGAAGAUUCGCUUCCGCCGAUAUGUAUAACAAUAGGGAACGCGCAUGGAACGAAAACAGAACGGACAGGGUAUCGAUAGUUCAUACCAAGGAUACUUUUGGCGACAGUGGUGGACACAUUACCGGGUUGCGUGCUGACGUCAAUGGUGGUUCUAGCACGGGAUUGUAUGAUGAAAUCAGUUAUGACCCCAGCAACAGAUUGUGUGAUGACGUCAUUGGUGACCCAAGCAACGGGUUGGGUGAUGACGUCAUUGAUACUGAAAGAAGGUUUUCUCUUCUUGAGACGUCAACAAUAUAUUCUAGUGAACCGCUCAUAGUGGGAUCGUGUCCGGACACCUCACUGUUCAGUUCACAGACUUUGUUUGUAUCUGGAAUUGAUGACGACAUGUUAUAUUAAGGUCUCACUACACAGUUCAUUUCCGAGUGAGAAUUAAUUUAUCAGGUCCACUACAGUUCCUAAUUGUGACAUAUGACAUGUUGUGGUUCGCAUAUUCACUUCUUGUAAUAGAGGAAGAAUUAAACUAUUUGUAUUUUUCACUGGUUAGCCCUCAGGUUGGAUUUUGCCCAUGCUAUUUUUUACUAUUGUGCAUUGACGUUUUGGGACAUGGGUGUACAACGGAACAGGCGGCCGGUGUGAAUCGAUUCCUGUGCCACCUGUUAUGACUAAUACUACAGACAUGCCCUCUUAUAGCAAACAACUGAGACUAAAUGUUCUCAAUUUUGGAGUGAAAACAAAUGCAUAUAAUAUAUGUUCGCAAUGGUAUAUAUGUUGUUAGUGCCAACGAGAACCCAUUCUAUUGGCAAUCUUCAUUUUGAAGUUGGGCAAUUUUAAUUUAACAUGGAGUUUUGUGACAGAUGGUAUCUUUUUAUUGAGACCUAACAAAAAUCUAAAAAGUGAUUUUUGUUUUUUACGUUGCACUUAGUGAAUUCGAAUGUGUGUUAACUGUUUCGACGUAUCGAGACACAUGGUUAUAAAAUUUCAAUGUCCACAACUGAAGUCUGAAUUGCUAUAUGGAAUCUUUUUUAUGGCAGUGUUCGACACAUCCACCACCUUUGGAAUUUUUUGUCUCGGCUAGUGGGAAUUAUCAACUGUAUUAUUAUCUGGCACAGGGCACAGGGCUGGUGACUUUCUCAAAACUAUGUUGAACAUUUUCAUUGCUGUUAACGUUUUAUAAGCAUAGAGCCAAAUGUGACCUAUUCAUGGAAAUGUUGGAGGUGUCAGUGCCCGUGCUUAAAAAACGCUUGAGUCUAGACUCAAAUCUAAAAUGACAUCACAUACAUAAAAUGUAUAGUGCGUUGCCAUGACGUUAAAGUCUUAGACUCUAUUUGAGUCUCGAGUCUAGACUCUAAACGUUUUAUAAGCACGGGGCUGGGAGUAUAUUUGUGUUGGAAUUAUGCAGGAUCGAAGAGGUUGAUAUUGUUUGUUUUCUUUAUGUUUUUGUGUGUGAUGCUUUUAUUUUGUGUGGGUCGUUUGGCGAUGGGGGUUGGUGGAAGUGCAAGUCAUAUUGACUGAGAUAGCAAUGUAGUAUAUGUAUGCAAGUCAUAUCGACUGAGAUAGCAAUGUAGUAUAUGUAUGCAAGUCAUUUGGCGCUGUGUUAAAUGUGUCAUAAUAA